AUGAACGCAUCUUCAAAUGAGCCGAGGUUCAAAGUUGUGUCCCUUACGGCAAAUACCAAUGUGGACGACUUGGCGAAGCAGGCGGCAGAGUUCAGGCCGGACCGACUCAAUAUAAAUGUUGAAGGCUCGAUUUUACGUGACGCUGUAUCCGAUGGCUGUCACAUUACCACCGGUAAGGAAGGCAUGUUGGAUAUAUGUGAAUCGUCCGACUACGAUCUACUGGUCAUGGGAAUCUCUGGGUGCGCAGGUAUCGAACCCACAAUAGCUGCGGCAAAAGCCGGCAAGAAGUUGGCGCUGGCGAACAAGGAGUCGGUAGUAUCAGCAGGUGCUCUUCUCCGAAGGGUUGUUAGGGAAAACAAGUGCGAAAUCAUCCCAAUAGACUCAGAGCACAACGCGCUAUACCAGUGUCUGAUGACAUCGCCACGGGAUUUUGCAGAUCAUAUUAAGCAGAGAGAUGAAAAACCGCUCUGUGGGCUGUCAACUAACGUCGUCAAUUCAGUGAAACGACUUAUCGUGACUAGCAGUGGAGGUCCGUUCAGGGACAGAGAUAUAUCAGAAAUGAAGACUUUGCGCAUAAAGGACGCUCUCAAGCAUCCAGUGUGGAGCAUGGGUGCAAAAAUAACGGUUGAUUCUUCCACUAUGAUGAACAAGGGCCUGGAGGUAAUAGAAGCUAACCAGCUAUUCGGAAUACCCUAUGAAAGGAUACGUGUCCUCAUCCACAAGGAGUGUAUUGUGCACUCGCUGGUGGAAUUCGUGGAUAACUCCGUGAUAGCGCAACUCUACAAGCCGGAUAUGAGGUUGCCCAUCGCAUAUGCACUGAAUUGGCCAGACCGCAUGGAAAACACGUUGCCCGAACUGGACCUCACCAAACAGUGCCUUACUUUCACGGACCCAGAUCUGCAGAAGUUCCCUUGCCUCAAACUGGCCUACGAUGUUGGCAAGAUGGGUGGCCUAUACCCCACGGUACUAAAUGCCGCAAAUGAACAGGCCAACGACCUUAUGAGGCAAGACGCCAUAGGUUACAGCGAGUUGUAUCCCUUGAUACACGAUGCCAUUGAUGCUUAUAAACCACAGAAUUCGGACGGACAUGACAUAGAGGUACGCAGUUUUGGAAGCUCCUUUAAACUCUGCCGCAGGAAAUAA